GCUUCGCUCCCAGCAGAGACCAAGGUGUACGUGGGCAACCUGGGCACGGGCGCGGGCAAAGGCGAGCUGGAGAGAGCCUUCAGCUACUACGGGCCCCUGAGAACUGUGUGGAUCGCGAGGAACCCGCCGGGGUUUGCGUUCGUGGAGUUUGAAGACCCGAGGGAUGCUGAAGAUGCUGUGCUUGGUCUCGAUGGGAAGAUAAUAUGUGGCUCCAGGGUUAGAGUGGAAGUGUCAACAGGCAUGCCUCGUCGCUCCCGUUACGACAGGCCUCCUGCACGGCGCCCCUUUGACCCUAAUGAUAGAUGCUAUGAGUGUGGUGAGAAAGGCCACUAUGCUUAUGAUUGUCACCGCUAUAGUCGCCGAAGAAGGAGCAGGUCCCGGUCUAGAUCCCGUUCACGGUCCCGAGGGAGAAGGUAUUCUCGGUCACGCAGUCGGAGUCGUGGUAGGAGAUCAAGGUCAGCUUCCUACCGCAGGUCCAGGUCAAUCUCUCCUCGUAGGUAUAGAUCAUUUUCACCCCGCAGAUCUCGGUCUGGUUCUUUAAGGAGAUCAAGAUCUAGGUCCAGAUCACGCUCAAGGUCCCGGUCUGUUGUAUGGCCUCGAAGCAGGUCUGGGUCCCAUGGUAGAUCUAAAUCUGGCUUACCUGCUAAAAGUCGCUCGAAGUCCAGAUCACCAUCUCCAAAGAGAAGUCACUCACCAUCGGGAAGCCCUUGAAGGAGUGCAAGUCCUGGAAGAAUGGAUUCAAAUUUAAAAAGUUUAAGAAGAAAAUUUAUUUUGUUUACACUGUUAUAAGGGAUUUUGUGGUGUCUUUAUAAAUGUAAGGGCUUAGUCCUAGAAGGUUGUUUCUAUUGACUAACAAUUGGCAUGAACCUGGGUCUUUUAAAAGUCUUAUUAGUAGACUAAUGCAAAACUGUUUUGUUGUGUUAAUGUUCUGUGAUCUGGAAAUGUGCUUUUUUUUUUUUUUAAUUGGAGCCUUGAAAUAAACUGUGCAUUUCUAACUAAGAAAUAUUUUGUGAU